UGUAAACAAUGAGUAUGUUUUGCUGAUGUAAUUUAAAAUUUGAAAAAGAAAAAUGCAAAUUUCUUAUUUAAAUUUAAAAGCCAGAUGGUAAUUAGAGUAAUUAUUUCAAUUUUAAAGUGCUCAAUAAUUUCUUCCUAAAUUUAGCUAAUGGAAGAACUUUCUGAAACAAAUUCUGCUGAAAUUUCCCGGCCUGAAACAUUAUUUUCUCUUCACAUUAAUUCCGUCCCCGAUGUAUUACUUUUAGAUAUAUUUUCUAGGCUUAAUUUUGAAGAACUAUGUAUGUGUUCAAGGGUCUGUCAGAAGUGGCAUGUGCUUGCCAAAGACUUCAGCCUUAGAAAACGAAUCACUGUUAGAAGACCAUUAAAGUCUGGACAGUUUUUAAGCCUCAUAAAGUAUCAUUUUACACAAUUUUUAGAAGAAUUCAAAUUGCUGAAGCCAUGUGGUCAAGAAUCUCUGUUAUCUGUGAAAAGGAAUGUGUUAUGGAAGUUAUCUAAUAAAAGUACCAACCUGAAAAAACUUGUUCUUAUGUCCUGUUCGUUGUCAGUUGUUUCAUUAGAAGAUUUACCCUCUAGUCUUGAACAUCUGAGUAUUCGAGGAUCAGAAAUAUUUCCUGAUGUAUUUUUUGGACUAAAUCCUAAUAUGUUUGUUCCUCAUUUAGUGUGCUUGGACAUUGGUGGUGUGAGUAACUUUCUGACUAGUCAAGACUUGCAUGUUUUCUCAAAGUUGAAAUCCUUGCGUGCCCUAUACCUUGAAGGAUGUUUCCGCAUCAAUAAUGGUGGCAUUGAUUCAAUAAUUGAUAUUUUACCUCAGCUAGAAGUUCUUGAUGUAGAAGGUACUGAUAUUUCAAAUGAAGGAGCUUUGACUAUUUUCAAUCAUUGUACUAAUGUGAGAGAUCUUUUUAUUGGACAUACUUCUAUUGAUGAUUUGGCAUUUGCUAGAGUUAAGACACACAUAUUACCUCAUCUAAGAUCCUUUUGUGUUAGAAAUACAAAUAUAUCAUCCAUGGGUUUACAUUCUUUUCUUUUGCACCAUUUGAGUAUGCACAAAUUAGUUGUCAGAGCAAAUUUCGAUUGUUCUGGUUCUUGUAAAUGUUUCAGUAUUGGAGAGAGACAAGUUUGUUUUCAAAUUGAUAACACUUUUCCAUUCCUUGCUGGUAUUGAAUGUCAACACUAUUUAUCUCAUAAAACAUAUGGCUUAAACUGAAUAGGAAAUUAUAUACAACUUGUAUUAAUCAUAUUCAUAAAUAUUGUUACAAGCACUUUAGAUUAUUUUGACUAACAAAGUAUAAUAUGACAGUUAAAGAUUAUUUUAAAGUAAACAUUUUGAUUUUAUAAUCAUAUAUAUUUCCAAUUUUUAAUGUUUUAUAAAAUUGUAUAUUAGUAUUGUGUUUUAUUGGAAUUCUCUGAACUUGAAAUUCAAUUUUAUUUCAUGAAAUCUUGUUCUAUGAAAUGCGAUAUUUUCUUUCCAAUUUAUUGCUUACAUACUUAAAACUGAUAAUUCACCUUUUUUGUUGUUGCUGUUGUUGUUUUAAUUAUUAUUUUCGAAUCUUUAAUAAUGUAUACUUAUGUAUUAUUUAUUAAGAUCACUGAAAACUGUUAUGAGAUAUAAAAAAUUUUUAGAAUGCAUUCUUCUGUUCUUACACACUUUCUGCCUUAAUGGUUCUUAGU